AUGCCCGGACGGCUGGAAGGAAAGGUUGCCAUUGUGACAGGCGCCGGAUCAGGCUUUGGCUACGGCAUCACAAAGAAGUUCGUCGAGGAAGGCGCCAAUGUCAUCAUUGCAGAGCUAUCGCAGCAAAGCGGAGAGAAAGCCGCAGCCGAGCUGAACAGCAAGUUCGUCCUCACCGAUGUGACGAGGCGGGAGUCCUGGCAGGCAUUGCUGCAAGCAACACUGGAAGCAUACGGGAAACUCGACAUUGUUGUCAAUAAUGCUGGUGCGACCUAUAGCAAUAAACCCACCGCUGAAGUCACCGAUGCAGAUUUUGACCUGUGCAUGAAUGUCAAUAUCAAAUCGAUCUAUCUGUCCACGAGCGUCAUAGUCCCGUACUUCCUUGAGAAUAACCGGCCCGGGUCGUUUAUCCAGAUCUCGUCGACGGCUGCACUGCGUCCCCGCCCAGGCUUGACGUGGUAUAAUGCUUCAAAGGCAGCUGUUAGCAAUGCGACCAAGACGAUGGCCGUCGAGUAUGGGCCCAAGCAGAUUCGUUUUAAUUGUGUCUGUCCUGUUGUUGGUAGUACAGGGAUGACACAUUUAUUCCUUGGUAAGCCAGAUACAGAAGAGAACCGAGCGGCCUUUGUUUCAACUGUGCCGCUGGGUCGGCCCAGUACUUCUCGGGAUGUUGCGAAUACCUGUUGCUUUCUGGCGAGUGAUGAGGCGGAGUUUAUCACGGGAGUGAACUUGGAGGUGGACGGUGGUCGUUGUGUUUAG